AUGUCAGAGCCAGACCUGUUAUUCUCCCUAAGGAAUCAUUUUUACUUGGGAGCGUAUCAGGCAGCAAUAGCAGAGGCUUCAGACUUGGAGGGUUUGUCAGAAGCGGAGAAAAUCGAGCGCGAUUCCUUUGUUUACAGGUCUUAUAUUGAGCUGGGUAGCUAUGAGCUGGUCAUCAACGAAGUCACAGACAGCUCACCCCAGGCGCUUCAGGCUGUAAAGCUUCUCGCUCAAUACAUUGGGAAGAAGUCACCAAAGGAAGAUGUUGUGGCCACCUUGGCAGACUGGGUGGCUGAUCCUUCCUGUGUUGGCAAUGCCACAACACUCACCGUGGCGGGCAUCAUUUAUGCAAACGAGGGCAAUGAUGUGGAGGCCCUGAAGGCGUGCCACUCGGGUUUGAGUCUGGAGAUGAUGGCCCUGUCUGUGCAACUGUACCUGAAGAUCGACCGUCUUGAUCAGGCCGAAAAGCAGCUGAAGGCAAUGUCUGCCCUGGACGAUGAUGCCACUUUGACACAGCUGGCAACAGCCUGGGUGGGCGCAUUCCUGGGGGGAGCCAAGGUGGCGGAGGCUGCGGUGAUAUACCAGGAGCUGGGCGAGAGGCACGGCUGGACGGCGCAGCUAUACAACGGCGCAGCCGCGUGCGCGAUGCAGCAGGGCAACUGGGAGGAGGCGGAGCAGCUGCUGCAGGAUGCCUACGAGAAAGAUGCCAAGAACGCCGACACGCUGUCCAACCUGGUCACUGCUGGCCUGCACCUCAGCAAGAACACCUCCCGCUUCACCAAUCAGCUGAAGACGGUGGCUCCAGGACACCUCUCUGUGAAGCGCCUCGAUGCCGCCAAUGAAGCCUUUGACAGAGCUGCGGCAACUUUUGUCGCUGCCUGAAAGUCUUGAUGAAUUGAGAAACACGGAUGGGUCUCUUAUACAAGCGCGCAUGGGAACACUGUUAUGAGAUCAUGCACAAAUUAAGUUUAUGAAAUAAUGAUUCCAGGCGCAUCAUUGCUUCUAGGCUGAACAAUAUCUGUGUUGCUAAUUUUACAAAUCACGCAUUUCAGACUGUAAACACAAUCCUGCC